GCGUCCAUUCCUUGCCACACCUCGGGGCUGUGUUCCAGUGCGCCGGGAGUUGAUCAUCCUCGCAAUCGCCAAACACCACCGUUGUCUUCACUUACUCGUCUCUCUCUUCUUUAUCUAUUCGCGGGGUCGUCCGCGACACGCGGCAGACUCACAACGCCUUCAUUUGCGAGACGUGGGAGAGCGAUCGGUAGCGCAUGGCGCCACGCACACAGUACCAAUUCAAAAGGCGAGAGGGCAGAUCCGGCGAAGGCACUGGCGGGCAAACCAGAAGGGGGCACGUCCCGAAGUCCAAAAAGUUGCGUGGGGUUCACGGAUCGGAGGGCGAGAUGGGGGGUGAGGGGGGACAAGACGUGUCGCCCAUGGAUGUCCCUUCCACGGUCAUGCCAACGCUCGGGUUUGGGAGAGACGGUGUCAGCAGGGAGCGGAUGAUUUCACUGACCAACCUUGGUCUUCUUGGGACUUCACGUGGCGGCGGGAGCGGAACCGUGAGUUCUCAAGGGAUUGUCAUCAACGACACGACACCGCAAAGGCCUGUCAGUUCAACGUCAAGGAUCGUUUCCGUUGUUGAACGCACGGAUAAAGGACAAGCCCCUGUGUCCCCCUUACGUGACGUGGAUCUAUCGAACACGUUGAUGGCCGGGGGCUCGUCGAGGGUUGUCGCACCUUCCGCACAAGUAGGAAGCCCCAAUGUCCAUGCCACCGCCACUGCUGCGGGAGAAAUGCGAGAAGAUCGCAGGGUCGAAGUGGCGGGGAGGAAAGAGGAGAGGGAUGAGAUUCCGCGGCCAGACUGCGAGGACGACGAGUCUCUGAACUUGAGGAAGAAACACACUCGUCAGGAGGAAGAGUUGGAGGCGAAAUCCAAACUGUGGGUAGACGGGAAGACGUUUUGGGGAAGCGGACCUGGUUGCAUGAUUGCGGACGUCGUGCAUGACUGCUCGGACUAUUAUUGUGCAAUUGUGAACGGUGACGCAGGCGCCACCGCCCCGCAUGGCGUCAUCAUGCCAGGCCCCGAUGUUCCGCGCGUGCGAAUCGAAGAUCCUGCGCAGUGAGAGCCAGCUCUGCGACGGGCGAGACAGACGGAAACU